AAUUCAUAAACAACAUCCACUCCCCACUCCAUUCACCAAAAAAAAACAGAGUAUGGACCAGUUGAACCCAAGAGCUCCAAAUUCGAGUCCUCUCACUCCUCUCGGCUUCCUGGAAAGAGCCGCUACCGUCUACGGCGAUCGUCCCUCUGUCGUCUACAACACCACUACCUACACCUGGUCGGAGACUCAUCGCCGGUGCCUCCAACUCGCUUCCUCCAUUGUCUCUUACGGCAUCAAGAGAAGUCAUGUGGUCUCUGUUGUGGCACCCAACAUUCCCGCCAUUUACGAGCUCCAUUUCGCGGUUCCUAUGGCCGGUGCUGUUCUCAACACCAUAAACACCCGCCUAGAUGCUCGCACCGUCGCCGUCCUCCUACGUCACGGUGAAUCAAAGCUCGUGUUCGUUGACUACCAGUCAAGCUCUCUGGUUCUCGAAGCAAUUUCUCUCUUCCCACACAACUCACCACGCCCAAUUCUCGUCCUCAUCGCUGAUGAUGAAAGUAAAACCCCAUCAUCGCUGGCGAGUGGUUUCUACAGCACUUACGAGACAAUGGUCCAAAAGGGUGACACAGAAUUCAAUUGGAUCCGUCCAAAAAGCGAGUGGGACCCUAUUGUUCUGAAUUAUACCUCCGGCACCACCGCGUCUCCGAAGGGGGUGGUGCACAGUCACCGUGGUAUGUUCAUCGUAGCACUCGAUGCUCUUCUGGUAUGGUCCGUACCGGAACAGCCGGUGUUUCUAUGGACUCUUCCGAUGUUCCACGCCAAUGGCUGGACCUACACCUGGGGAAUGGCCGCCAUCGGAGGAACCAACGUUUGUCUCCGGAGAUUCGACGCUGCCGUCAUAUACGCCGCCAUACACAGACACGGUGUGACCCAUCUGUGUGGUGCCCCGGUGGUGCUAAACAUGCUAUCAAACUCCCCCGACAACCGGCCACUUAAAAACCAAGUUCAUAUCCUAACCGCAGGAGCUCCGCCACCAGCGGCGGUGUUGCUCCGGACUGAGUCACUGGGUUUUACAGUGACUCAUGGGCUUGGGAUGACAGAGACCGGAGGGCUAGUGGUGUCGUGUGUGUGGAAGCCACAGUGGAAUCGGCUUCCAGCCACUGAGAGAGCGAGGCUGAAGGCGAGACAAGGAGUGAGAACAGCCGGAAUGACGGAGGUGGAUGUGGUGGAUCCUGAGACAGGGCUGAGCGUGAAGCGAGACGGGUUGACUCUGGGUGAGAUUGUGCUCAGAGGAGGGUGUAUCAUGCUGGGUUACCUCAAAGACCCAGAGGCAACCUCAAAAUCGAUGAGAGAGAAUGGGUGGUUCUACACCGGCGACGUUGGAGUGAUGCACCCAGAUGGGUACUUGGAAAUCAAAGACCGAUCAAAGGACGUGAUCAUCUCUGGCGGCGAGAAUCUGAGCAGCGUGGAGGUGGAAUCGACGCUGUACUCGCAUCCGGCGAUCAAUGAGGCGGCGGUUGUGGCGCGGCCUGAUGAGUAUUGGGGCGAAACACCCUGUGCUUUUGUAAGUUUGAGGCCGGAGUUGAAGAAAAAACCAACGGAGAAAGAGAUAAUAGAGUAUUGUAGGGAUAAAUUGCCGCAUUAUAUGGUGCCGAAGACGGUAGUGUUCAAGGAGGAGCUUCCUAAGACAUCCACCGGAAAAAUUAAGAAGUUUGUUCUGAGAGAGAUGGCCAAGGCUAUGAGUUGGCCAAUGGCGAGUCGUCUGUAAAAAACCCGAGGUGAACUGAGUUGACUCACUUCGUGAGGGGUUUUGUCUUAAUUUAAUGGUGUCAUACAUAAUUACUAGAGAUGGUAAAGAAAGCCGUAAGAGCAUCUCCAAAAAAAACUAGUUAUUUUAAAUUUGUCUAUUAAAAUAAAAAAAAUUAAAUUACAAUAUGAGCAAUGCUACUUGAACUUAAAAUUU